GUAGGCAUAAUCUCUGGUGUUACAGGAGUCAGAGGGCGGGGAACAAGGCACGACGAAACUCAUCACCUGAACAAUCACUCUCAGGUCAGAAACCCAAUCACCCUGUUUCACCGAGCCAGACAGGCAUUUCAUGCUAGGCUUCCUACAGGAAGCAUGUCCUUCAAGUACAUGAAGACAUUUAACAUGGAUGAGUAUGUGGGUCUCCCACAUGACUAUCCUGAGAGCUUCUACUCCUUCAAGUGGAACAACUUCUUCAAGCACGCUGACACUUGGCCUGAAAACACCCAUCUCCUGGAUGGGAAUGCAGCUGAUCUGGAGGCAGAAUGUGCUGCUUUUGAGGAGACGACAGCUGGAGGGAUUGAGCUAUUUGCUGGAGGCGCUGGUCUGCAUGCGCAUAAUGCCUUCAAUGAGCUUGGCCUAAGUCUGGAGUCUAGGACUCUAGUAAAGCCUCUGGCCAUGGAUACCACCCUAGCCAAAGCCAAGUUCUUUAAAGGAGACCUCUCAAAAGGUCCCCCACUGGUUCUGACUGUGGUUGUAGCCACAGUCAUGGAUCCCAGAGAGGUCAUGGUCCCAAUUAUGGGAACCCAGAAGGCACCUGCACUAUACAUGGCCAAUGAGGAGGGUAUAAAUCACAUGUGGACUGUGUCUGCCCUCCAGAAGCACUCCCACAUGGUAUUUGUGUGUGAGGAAGAUGCCACAUUAGAGCUUAAAGGGAAAACUGUCAAGUGUUUCAAAGGGUUGAUGCAUGUUCAUAACAAACCAGUGGAACCACUGUACAGUAUGAAAGAAAAAGAAACGGAUAAAAGCCAAUCUUCCAAGAAACCAUAUAGUGACUAACUUGCCUGCUGUCCAAUCUCCCAGAGAUAUACAAACUUUGGGGGAACAGGUCUACGGAAAAAAAAUUUUUUUCACUGAUCAAAUAUAUGCCUGCUCCAAACAAUGUUUUAUUUGCCUUUGCUAAAAAUGAGUGUAGGUGAGUAUACUGUACUCAGUUGUAAGGGUUGAAGCUUACAGAAAUGAUGUUUGAUGCUAUAAUUUGAUUUUCUCUCAAGUAUGUAUUUCUUCUUUUCUACUGCCAUAUUUUACCUGCUAAAUAAGGGAAAGUGGACAUGGAAAUGCCUAACACAAACAUUUGAAAAAAAGUGACCCCAAGGCACAGAGAGAGAGAGAGAGAAAAAAAGUGUGAAUAUACACACACUUUGUUUCACCUUUCCAGGAAAGGUGUUUAGAAGAAUUUCCAUGUGGUUACAUGUGGAAAAACAGACCUGAGAAAAGUGGGCACUUUGGACUCGAACAGGAUAAGUGACAAGUGUAGGUGGGGUGGAGAGGAAUACCUCCUUUUCUUUUUUCUCCUUGUCUUGCUUCUGUCUCUUUUACAGACACCUUACCUGAACUGAGAUGAUGCCAUAAGUAAAAUGUUGAGGGGUUGGGGAAAGAAAGGGGCCAAAAGAGUCUUUGCUACUGGGGUCUAGUCCUGCUUUGGGUUCACUGAGCUCACUCUAAUGCUUUAGGAGAGUAGGGUAGAAACCCAUUCCCCUACUGAAGCCCACUUUUUGUUCAGUAAUCAUAUUGCAGUUUCAUUAGAAAAUAGCCAAACUGAAUGAAGCAAGGGCCACUUCCAAGGACUUUUCAGUAUUGGCAAUAAGCCAGUUGGGUUAGUAGUAGAACAUGAAUAAUGUUUCACUCUUAAGAUCUGUGAGUGCAAGGCUAUACAUGUCGAAAAGUCUGCCUAGUAAAGUUUGCCCAUCCCUAUUUAAAAUGACUAUGCACUUUACCAUCAGGUAAUAUUCAUUCAAUAAACAUUAACACCUACUAUGGACAAUGUGCUAACCAGAUGCCAAGGGAGAUACAAAGCCAGAUCAGGUAUUGUCUCUAUCCUCUAGGACCUUUCUCCAUCAAAAAUGAACAGUCUUAUACCCCAGAUGUAUUUUGCCAAAAUUAGUAUCCUCUGAUGAAACUCAACUCCCUUUAGAACAUUUCAUGCUGUUGUCUCCCUUCCAGACAAUGGGAACUUCCACCUCUGCUCACCCCUCUACUAUUAAGAUUGCCACACCUUCACUCUCCUGCCUUCCUACUGUUUAAUUUUUUAUCUAACUAUGGAAAGCUUCUACUGGUUCCACCAUGGAGGGAAAAAGUCUUGUGAGUCUGAUUCAGGUGUCUCUGAAAGAAUUUUUGAAUAAUGUGCUUUCUACUUAUAUGUCUCAAUUUUAGCUUUUAUGUGAGUAGUAAAAUUCUGUUUUAAAGUAAUAGAUAAAUAGACUAGUUUACAAUUUGAUAUUUCCUAUUAAAUUCAAUAUUUGCAAGUGGAAAAAGAAAGAAGUGGGGUGGACUUGGGGGAAAGGGAAGAUAAUGAAUUUAGUUCACUGAAUUUAAGUUUGUUAUCUUAAAUCUGAGGGGUCUGUAGUCAGCUGGAGACAUGAGACUAGAGGUAAAGAGAGAGGUUAGAGAUGAAUAGAUAGAGCUGAGAAUUAUUUGCAUAAAUAUAAUAACUAAACCCAUCAGAGCUGAUGAAACUGCCAAGAGAGAUGGUAUAUAUAGAAAAGAGCAAAGGGUCUAGGAUACAUUUUUGGGAGUUUUCCACAGCUAGCAGGAGGGAGACUCUAGAUUCUAAGUGAAAAAGUAGAGAUGAUAACUGGAGUAAUCUGCUGAAAAAGAUGGGAUGGAAUAGGAUCAUUCGUGCACAAAGAGGGGUUUGGCUUGGGAAGGAGAAGGACUAUCUCUCCAUGCAAGAUAGGGGUGAAGGAAGACAGAUACGGGGGAAGACACGUGAGUGAUACAGGAUGAGGAGAAAAGGAGUUCUUAGUGAAUGGCAUAAUUUUUUUCAGUGAGGUACAGGCAAGGUCUUUAGCUGAGAAUAUGACUGGGGGGUGCCAUAGGAAGCUAGUGGAGAUACACAAAAUUUAAAAGGUCUCUGUGGUGAGUGAGAUAGUGAACCUAUUACAGAGAUGUAGAGGGAUUACCCUGUAGUAAUGAGGGCUUAACUGAGAUAUAUUUAUAUAUUUAUAGUAGACCCUUUCAUAAUAAUUUUGUGGUUUUCUCUAGCUCUGUUAAGUAGCAAGUGAACAGAAGCAAAGGCAACAGAUAUAAUCCAAGGCUGGAGAGUGGUAAGGCAGGAUCGGUGACAGAAUACGGAGGCCAGGAAUUUGAAUUUAGAGGACAAUGCAGAAUUUAAGUGAUUCACCAAAGGGUCACAGAAAAGAAAGGAGAGCGUAGCCAAUGAACAAGUGACACAGUCUGGAAAGAACUGAGGGGUGGAGUGAAUGGAAGUAACAAUGAGAAUGAAGAACAGGGGUUAGGGGUCCUAAGUCAGAGGAAAAGAUGGCAUGAUAAAAGAUUAUGAUGAGAGUAACUUCUUUACUUUCUAUACCUGAAAUUUAGCAUUUCCUGUGAUUAUGAAUUAAAAAGAAAAGAAACAUUACUCUGAGAAGGGAUCCACUGGCUUCAACAGAUUGCCAAAUAGGUCCAUAACACAAAAAAGUUCAAGAAUCCUGAUUUAGAGUCUAAAUUAAAUUAGUGGUAGACAGCAGCUUUAGAGAAAGAAGGAAAGGUUAACUAUUUCUGUCCCCUGUAUUAUGCCCUUGUAAAGCGAAGAGCAGCUUCACGACAAGGGGCAGAAAAAGGAGCUGAGUGAUCUGCUCAUUACAUGAUGCAGAAAUCUGUCACUGCCUAGUUAUGUGACACUUAUGCAAGUCACUUCAAUUCUAAAUUUCAACUCCCUCUUCUGCAAAAUGGAUCUAAUAAUACCUACACUCAUAAUAAUAAUAUUUUACCUCAUAAUGUGAAGUUAUGUUGUAAACCUUUACAGUACUAUAAAAUUAUGGAAGUAUUAUGAUUGUUUCUAGUCAGAGAAAGAAAAUGUUGAGAGACUUUCUCUGGGGUCCAAGAGGGUGUCGGAGAAAACGGGGCAGUUAUACUUACAUCGAAGUGACUGAGGGGUUCAACAACUACACUGAAGAAGUGUCUUUGUUUCAAUUACAAAUCUCCACCACUGCUCUAGGAGCUAGCUCUCAAAACGAUUCCUAGUUGGCUUCUUGGCAGAAGUUAUCUUGUUGGAAUGCAAUGCUUGCAAUUCAGAAGAAAGGAUUAUAAUAAUCCAAAAGGUAGGCACGUAAGAAAUGUUAAAACUUCCAACUGUUUCUGGCAGAGUUAUUUUUCUCACAAAGUUAAAUGCCACCCAGGAAAAGCUGGCUUUGUCAGUAAUCCAGAGGAAGACUGAGAUAUCAUUAAGUGGAGUGAAGUGCCACAAAUGAGAUGAAAAUAAGUUAAGGGUUAAGCGACACAGCACAAAUUGAUUUUUCCAGACAUAGCUAACUCUAGCAUCUCCAAUCAACUUAAUAGAACUAGAAUAGUCAUGUCUUCAUGGAUACAAGUUUCAUUUUCACCUUGAAUUAAUGCAAAGUUUCUUAAGGUGAGGGUGGCGAUCUCUAAGAGGUGACAGGAGAGGAGAGUAGCAGGAAGGCCAAUUACAACUCUUUGUUCCCAAUCUGGGGGAAGGAAGAAGGGACAGCUGAGAACAGUGCAAGGAUUUAAAGUCAGGAGACUUGGAUUUGAAGCAUAGCUCUGCCACUCAUUGCCUGUGUUUCCUUGCGCCCUGUCCUAGAGGUCCCUUUCAUCUCCGAGAUUCUGUGAAGUACAACUUUACAGGGGAAGUAGUACGUUUAUAUAACUUGUUAUUCUAAGAGGCUGGUACUGGCUAGAGAUACAAAUAAGGGUUAAAGUGAAUUAAUACAAAUAACUGUAAUGUAACAUAAAGGAAAAUUAGGGAUAUUUGGGAUCUGUUCCAGUCUUCUGAAGGUGAUUUCAUGAAAGGCACAGAGGUCUAGCCACAGAUAUCUGAUGAUGCUCCUAUCAGAGUAAGAAUUAGUACUAGGCCUGACAGACCAAUAAUUUAGCCAAACAUGGCAUUUCUUAAACCUUUAUUAUCAAGAAGAGUAACUCAUUUAUGUAGCACUUUAUGGUUUCCAAAGUGAUUUUGAAUGGUGUCAUCCUGUUUGUCUUACACUGCAAGGAUCUGAUGAUAGUAGAAUAUAUGCAUAUGGACUUCAAAUGAGCUAUAUACAUUUAACAUGUGUUUACAGAGUUGGGCUUUCAAAAAAAAGGUACAAAUCCAGUAUUAUGGAACUACAGAGAUUUAAAAGACUGUUUGGGUAUUGCAUUUAGAUAAUAAUUCUAUUUUUUUAAAAACAGUUUUAUAUGUCUAAAGAAGGAAAAAUAUACAUUUCAGUAUUACACAAAGAUGGAUUGCUCAGUGAUUUAAGUUGGGAUUAUAGCUUUCUUUGAGAUCAGAGUCAUUUUCUGUUCUCCUAUUCCCUAUCCCUCACAUAGGCUUCAUUUAUUUCUCUACCCACUCUAAUCUUACAAUUAGCUUAGUUUGAUAUUUCUUUUUCCUUUUUUGCUAGGCAAUUGGGGUUAAGUGACUUGCCCAGGGUCACACGGCUGUGUGUCUGAGAUUAUAUUUGAACUCAGGUCCUCCUGACUUCAAGGCCGGAGCUCUAUCCACUGCACUAGCUACUAGGAUUCCAUGUCUGUCUGACCUUCCACCAUUUUGGACCCACAAAUCUUCAUCCGUCAAUCCAUUUUCUCUACUCCCACUUUAGAUGUGGAGAAGACUCAGAUAAGGGAAUAAAACAGCUCAUUUUUACCUAAAAUUAAUUCCUGAUGUCCAAUCUCAGCUAGGUUUCUUGUUGCUGCUCAAUAAUCCUUUUUGAUCAUUACUGCCACUCACCUGAUUCCCUAUGAUGACUGUUCGAAACCUUUCCUUGUCUCCUUUAGACCCUCCUGACACCAUCCCCACCUCUCAUCAUAGCAGCAGAUGACAAGGUUUCCCCCUCCACUGAGAAGAUUGAAAGGUCACUGGAUAUGAGCACCACAGUCUCUUCCUUCAUUUCUCCUAACUUCUAAAUAUCACUGGUUACUUUUUUUGCUUCCCUCUGGUUCCAGAUGAACUAUUUCUGCUACUCACUAAAGCUAAUCCUACUACCUGUGGCUUUGACCCCAUUUCCUCUCAGCUGAAAUUCUUUGUCCUGAUUCACAAUGAUGACUACCAGACUUUGUUCCAAUAGUCUUUUCUCUCCUUCAUGUGUCACCACAUCCCCUUUGUCAAUGGCUUCUUUCCUUCUGUCCACAAAUAUGCUCAAAUCUCUCUGACCCAAGCAAAUUCUUCCCCUGACUCUUCUAUUCCAUAUACCUACCAUUUCAUUUUUCUCCUCUUCUUCACUACUUAAGUUACUGAAAAAAAAAUCUGUCCCCAAAUAAUGCUUUCAUUUUCUCACUACACUCUAUUAAACCUUUUGGAAUCUGCUUCCACUCAUCCUUUUGCUAGUACUGCAACUGCUCUAAGGACACUAAAGACCUAAUUUCCAAAUUCGGUGGCCUUUUAAAAUUCUCCAUCCUUAUUUAUACUGAUGACUAUCCCCUUCUAUUGCAUACACUCUCUAUCUCUCAACUUCUGAGACAAUAUACCAUCUUGCUUCUAAUACUUCUUCAUGUACUCUCUGUCUUUCUCAUGGUUCCAAAUCUUCCACACUUCUUAACAUGGAUGUUCCCAUGGCUAUUUCCUUGGCUGCCUUCUCUUAACUCUCUGCAUAUGCUCCCUUAGCAAUCUCCUUCAUUUGCACACUAUAAACUUUGUGAUUCCCAAAUUCAUAUCCCUGUCCCUGACUCCUGAGCUGAGACCUGCAUUCACAUUACUUAUAAGACAUCUCCACUUGGAUGUUCUAUGAGCUCAUGUAAAACUCUUAUGUCCAAAGCUAGCUCCUUACUCUUUUUGCCUGCUCUUCCUUUGUGACUUUACUAUUUCUGUGUGUUACCACAAUUCACCUAGCUCAUCAUGCUUGUGAUCUAUUUUUCUCUGACUCUCCCCUUUUCUUCAUUUCUCAAAACCAACCACUUACCAAGUCCUAUUAAAGUCAUUUUUGCAUCAUUUCUCACAGCUGCCCUUUUGCUCUCUCCUGGCUGCCUCUAUCUAGAGCAGACUUAAAUCAUGAUGACAGCCACCUUCUAGCUCUUCCCUUUCCAUACUACUCCUCUUCUUCAAUCCAUCCUCCACAUCACUUCCAAAAUAACUUAUGCAUAGAUUUGAUCCUAUAACUCUUCCAUUUACAAGUCUUCAGUGACCCACCACCCUAUCCCAAGUAAAAGGAAGACUCAUUUGCAUAGCUUGUAAAGCCCAAGACAUUUGGGGAGUAUCUCUGUCUUCUAGUACUCCUCUCUAUCCAUCUUAUAAGCCAGCUAUAAUGAUUACUCUCUCCUGCAUCUGAACAUGCAUUGCAUUCUCCUGCAUGCAUGGCUUUGCUCAUAGUUUCUUAUGCCUGGAAUGAUUUUCCAUCUUUGCUUACUGAAUUCUAUUCACUCAUUUAAAACCCAGCUAAAAUGGCCACUUUUCCACUAGGACCUUCCUUUAUCCUCCCAUGAAAAAUGUCAUUCUCCCUCAGAUACCGCAUAACAUUUUCCCAGGCUCAGCAGAGUCUAGAGUUGGAAGGGGUCACAGCUGCCAUCAACUCCAAUCCACAAUUGGAAAAGAAUCCCGUCUACAAUACCUAAUAAGGGGGCAUCCAGGCUUUGCUGAAAAACUUCAGCUGAAGGUGAACCCACUACGUCACUGGACGGCCCAUUUAAUUCCUGGACAGCUUCAAUUUAACAGGAAAUUUUCAUUACAUUUAGCUUAAUUUUGCCCUCUAUGGCCAAGCAGAACAAGUCUGUCUUCCACAUGACAGCCCUUCAAAUACUUAGAAGAGACCAGCUCCUCCCCACUCUAGUCUUCUCUUUUUCAGGUGAAAUAUCCUUUGUUUCUUCAAUAGAUUAUUAUAUGGCUUGAACUUGAGCCUCUUCAACAUCCUGGAUAUUCUCCUCUGGACACUCUCUAGGUCAUUACUGUCCUUCCUAAAAUGUGGAGCCCCAAAAUGAACUAUGUACUCCAGACGUGGUCUAACUACGGUAGAAUACCCUGAUACUAACACCACUCGAGGUUGUGGGCAUUAUAACUCCCUUACUACAGCCCAAGAUUGCAUUAACUUUCUUCGGUUGUCAUUCGACAUUAGUGACUCAUGCUUAACUUGUAAUUCACUAAGCCUCUGUUUUUCAAAUUUUGUUCUGUAACUUUUUAAUCUCACAUUUAAUAUUGUAAUACUGUUACCUACAUAUGUCAUAUCUCUUCUAUUAGACUGUAAGUGAAUUUAAGGUGGGGAUCAUAUCUUAACCUAAACCUCACAUCAUGCCCCCCUUGCAUACCUAGCACAGUGCUCUGUACACAGCUGGCAGCUUUGAAAUGUUUACAGCACUUUGCUAUAAGCUGUACUUUUGGUUGCAUAAAACUGAUGAAAACUAUUAGAGUUAAUUAAUCUACUCCCAGUUGAACAUCAUUAUUGAAGCAUAAUUAUUGUGAAAUGAAAAGACAAUAAAUUAAAACAAAAAAAUUUCUA